AUGAACGGCCUGCAAACCCUCCCCCAAUGGCGCCAAUUCUUUGGAAACCCCGAGGGCGCCAUUCUUGGUCUGAUGAAUGCUGUUUACCCUCUCGGCAAAGUUGUAGCGCUCUUUGUCGUAACGUACAUCUCGGACAGAUACGGUCGGAAGCUCCCUCUCGUUCUGGGCUUGGCAGCCUGCAUCGGGUUUGCCAUCUUGCAAGGCAUGUCCAAGGACCUUCCAAGCUUUGUCGUCGCAAGAGCUUUGCUAGGUUUCUUCACCACUUUUAUCAGCCAGCCGAGCCCUAUUCUCAUCACAGAAUUGGCGUACCCUACCCACCGAGGCCGAAUUACAGCCUUGUACAACACAUUCUUUCUUAUGGGUGUCUACUUCUUGCCCGAGUCCCCUCGCUGGCUGAUGAGCCGUGGUCGAAAAGAUGAAGCCAGAAAGGUCUUCGCCGACUGUCACGCUGGCGGCAACCUCAAUGACCCUCUGGUCGACUUUGAGAUGCGCGAAGUCGAACUUACUCUAGGCGAGGAGGCCGAAGCCAUGUCCCAAUCAUCUUGGCUCGAACUCGUGCGAACCCCUGCCAACCGAAAGCGAACACUGAUCGCCUGUAUUGUCGGCUUCAGCUCUCAGUGGAACGGAGUCGCAGUGGUCAGCUACUAUCUGAGUCUCGUGCUCAACACUAUCGGCAUCACUGAAGUCAAGGACCAGACGUUGAUCAACGGGAUGCUGCAAAUCUUCAACUGGAUCAUUUCGACCUUCCUCGGAGCGCUCAUGGUAGAUCGCUUGGGUCGACGACCGCUCUUCCUGAUCUCCACGGCAGGCAUGCUCGCGAGUUACAUCGCUUGGACCGGGUUGACGUCUCACUUCGUCGCCAGCCAUGACGAAGGAACUGGGAGAGCAGUCGUAGCCUUCAUUUUUAUCUUUUACUUCUUCUACGACAUUGCUUGGACACCGCUCCUACAAGCCUACCCUGUCGAGAUUUUCCCAUACACCCUUCGUGGGCGCGGCUUGUCGGUCACAUACAUUACUGCCUUCACCGGACUGAUCAUCGGCAAUCAGGUCAACCCGAUUGCAAUGAAGGCGAUCGCAUGGAAGUACUAUAUAGUUUUUUGCUGUGUUCUGGGAGUCUUGUUCGUUAUCAUAUGGUUUCUUUUUCCCGAAACCAAGGGACACACAUUGGAAGAAAUUCGUGAGGUCUUCGAGGGUAAGUCCGGAAAUGCCAAGGUCGAAGAUGUAGAGGGCGGUGAGGAGGAAGAGACUAAGAAGGAUGGCAAAGUUAAACAAGUUGAGCUGGCAUAG